AUGGGGCAGGGAUUUUCUCUCGCCGCACCCCCAGCUGGGGCUGCCGGGAUAGACGUUCCUGAGCUUGCCGACUUGGUCUACGAAAAGAGCAUUGGCACCGCCCGCUUCAUGAAGAGCAUCCGAGCAAGACACCAUGAUGGAGUCGUAUUAGUCAAAGUUCUCAUUAAACCAUAUCCCAUGUCCCUGGACAAGUACAAAGAACAGGUCCUUCGGGUAAGAAACGUGCUGGCCGAUGUACCAAAUGCCCUUCCAUAUCAACGUGCGAUCGAGACCGAAACGAACGGAUAUUUGAUUCGCCAGUUCUUUUACAACUCGUUAUAUGACCGUCUGAGCACACGACCGUUUUUGGAAGAUAUCGAGAAGAGAUGGUUGGCCUUUCAACUGCUUUGCGCUGUGCGUGACUGCCAUGACAAGGACAUUUAUCAUGGCGAUAUCAAGACGGAGAAUACACUGGUGACGUCGUGGAACUGGCUGUACCUGUCCGACUUUUCGUCCUCGUUCAAGCCGGUCAUGCUACCUGAGGACAACCCUGCCGAUUUUUCCUACUUUUUCGACACGUCCGGCCGCAGAACUUGCUACUUGGCGCCAGAGCGAUUUGUUCCUUCGGGGGAGGAACUAGACCCAAAUGCAAAGAUAACAUGGGCGAUGGAUGUGUUCAGCGUCGGGUGUGUGAUUGCAGAGCUGUUUCUUGAAGCGCCCAUCUUCAGCUUGAGUCAGCUGUACAAGUACCGGAAAGGGGAUUAUGAUCCUGGGAUAUCGCACCUGAGUCGGAUCCCUGAUAAGGACCUGAGGGAGAUGGUGGGCCACAUGAUACAGCUGGAUCCGCAGAAGAGAUAUUCGGCGGAACAGUACCUUGAGUUUUGGAAGGGAAAGGUGUUUCCGGCAUACUUUUACAACUUUCUGCACCAGUACAUGGAGGUGAUUACGGAUCUCUCCCCUGGGCACUCUUCAGAUCCUGCCAAGAACGUCGGUCAAGCUGAUGAGAGGAUCGAGAGGGUGUGGUCGGAUUUCGACAAGAUCUCUUAUUUCUUGGGAUAUCACAAUCACGAUACGCAGGUGGAGGAACGACCGGUGGCUCCCAGGCUGGGACUGGGGCACUUCCCAGUCCGACUCAACAUCCCGAAUAAUGGGCAUUCCGUGUCGAGCGACAAGCAGCCGUUGGCAGAUGACGGCACGCUGAUAUUCCUGACGCUGAUUGUCUCCUCUCUCCGAAAUACGGCACGCGCAAAUUCAAAAGUUAAGGCAUGCGAUAUACUUUUGGCCUUUUCUGAGCGGUUGACCGACGAAGCAAAACUGGACCGGGUCUUGCCAUAUCUCGUUGCUUUGCUCAAUGACAAGUCAGAGAUUGUGGUCAUUUCUGCGAUUAGGACGAUCACGCAGCUACUGGAUAUGGUGAGGGUCAUUACGCCUGUGAACGCACAGAUAUCUCUGGAGUAUAUCAUGCCUAGGAUGCAGGUG